UAGGAAGAGCUGAGGCCUUCUUGGCUCCACCCACUGGGCCCAGCUGCUUCUCCUUGUGACAGACAGGAGGGAUGGAGGCCUACGUCCACAGCACAACCCCACCGGCCCAGAGGGCUCUUGCCUGGCCCUUCUGACUCUGCGAGCCUCAAGGGCUGUGUCCAGGCUACAACGUGGGACUGGAGCUGAGACUUCUGGGGAGCAGCGGGGCUCCCCCGACAUACUUUCGUCUUCAGAGAGAGGAAGGAGGUGGCUAGGAAAAGGAGGUGGGCCUUCCGCAGACCCGCCCCGCCUCACCCCCCCCUUUCCGUUGCCAGGACACGGAGGGACGCUGUCCGUCCUCCUGUUGCUGCUGCUACUGUUGCUGUUGCUGCUGCUGCUGCUGCUGCUGCUACGGUUUGCGCCGGCUUCCUGCCACCAGGACCUUAUACACCACCCCGGCUACUGCACGCCCCCACCUGCCCGCGGAGAAAUGGACCUGACCGUGAGGCAGCUCCUGUACGAUGCGCAACAGCAUGGAGACGUCGAGGCCCUGAAGAAAGCCUACCAGCUGAUCAAGGGGGCCAGCGAGGGCCAGUGUGCCCUGGACAGCUCGGAGAGCUUCAGCCUGGAGCUGGCCGUUCUAUGCGCCGAACAGGCCCUGCAGAUGAGGCUCCCGGAGAUCACAGAGGACUGCGUGAAUCUGUACUUCAAGGGGAGGCCGCUGCCCAGCCAGUUCAGGGGCAGAGCCUACCUGUGCCAGGCCCAGCUGUACAAUCCCGAGUCCAUGGAAAAGCUGGAUGAAUUUGAAAAGAGUGUGGCUCAGUACAUGAAAGCCAUCAAGUUUGGGAGUGAAGAUCCCAGGUACUAUUUUCUGGUCUACAACGCCUCUGUCCUCUACUGGAAAAUGGCGAGGGCCUUCCUCAAGCCCAACCACCGAAAGUACCUGAUCCCGAGCCUGGCUCAGAUCGUCAGUGUGUUGGAGCAGAUCAAUGAGGAAGACAAGGACUGGCAAGCGGAGCUCAUGAUAGAGCUCUUGGAAUGUUAUUUGGAGGCCAACAAAAUGGAGAGCGCCGAGAAGUUCUGCGCGAAGGCCGCCCCGUUCAUCAAGACGAACGCCCCCAACAGAUACCAGCAAAUAUUUUCCAUCAUGGUGCAGCACAAGCUCAUGGACAUGGAGAAGAUCAAGGAAGAAAUGAAAGAUUCCCUCAGCUUGUCCAUCCUGUUCAAUAUUAACAUGUUAAAAUCGCUGAUGAGAGAGAAGCUGCCCUCUCCGGACACCGACAAGUACCUGAAGGAGGCCUACGACCUCCUAAAGCAGUUCCAGAAACAAGAUUCGGGCCAGGAUGAGAAGAUCCUGUUCCUCCUGGAACUGGCCCGUCUGGCCUUGAACCUGAAGUGCGGGGAGAUCGCCAGCCACUGCAUCCAGGACCUGAAGGCCGUGAAGCUGAUGGACCCGGGGAAAAUGGUGGAGCUGGAGUGUGUGGAGUACCAGCUGGAAAUCCUCAAGAUCGACAGCAAGGUCAAGGCCUACACGCGCAGCGCUGUGGAGACCCAGCUGAACGUGAUCCAGCGCCUGAGCUCGGCCUUGCUCCGCGCCGGCCGCCUGAAGAACCCCAACGUGAUCCAGGUGGUGUGCGCCACCCAGUGGAACGUGUGCCUGCCCCUGCUGCAGCACAACCUGCGCGGGCACCUGCUCGGGCCCCUGAUCCAGGUGGCGGAGAUCCUGGAGAAGAUCGACAGCCUCAUGACCCUGAUGCGCUGCCAAGUGCACAUGGAGAUCGCCCACAUCGAGGAGGACGCGGACAGGCUGGAGGUGGCCAUGGAGCACCUGCAGAAAGCCAUGCGCCUCGACUACCUGGGCGAGUACCAGGAGCACCUCAAGAUCGCCUACAACCGCCUGCGCCUGCGCUCAUUGCUGUACGAGGUGCCCAAGCGCAUGGAGGACAAGGCCAUCAUGGCCAUCGAGCAGGCAAAAAAAGCAAAACCCAAGGACAGCGUGCGGAAAAAGCGCGCCCUGCUGGUGACCGUGGGGAUCGCCAUGGCGCCCGACGCUUUUCAGAUCGUCCUGGAUGGCGAGAACGAAGCCAAAGUGUCGGCCGGGAAGAGCAGGAGGCAGAUCAGCUUCCUCUGCGCCAAGGCCCGACAUCACACCACCAGCAUAGACAAAGCCGAGGGCCACCUGAAGAGGCUGAAGCACGACAACCGCGAGGAGAGGAUCCACAUCUGGGCGGACCUGGCCAGGGUGGCCCGCAAGCAGGGCGUGUGGGACGUGUGCCGGACCGCCUGCCGCUUCUGCCUGCUCUACGACGGCUUGAUCAAGAAGAUGUCCAAGGUCAGGAAAGUAGCGGGAAAGAAGAAGAAGGGGGCGACCGAGGCCUCCCUGGAGGUGCCGAGCUCCUCCGAGAUGAUGAUGAUGGGCUCCAAGAUGCCCCUGGACGUCCAGCGCACCUUCGCCCAAGUGGGCUUCAUCAACGCCGAGGCCGUCAUCCACUUCCUGCAGUCCGAGGGCAUCGCGCUGAACAACCGGCCCGUGCCCCCGGAAACCUCAGUCCAGCACCACACUGGCACCGUCGUGGUCCCCCCGGAGGAGGACGCUGAGUGGCUCACCUACAGCUCCUGGAUCGAGAACCUGUCCCAGUACGUGACCAGGAACUGGCUGCGCUCGGCCGAGAUCGGCCAGGAGAUCAACGAGCCCUGGCUGGUCCACAACACGGCGGUCUACGCGCUCAACCACAACCAGCACCUGAUCCUGGCCGGGCGGCAGCGUGAGCUGGUGGAGCUGCUGCAGAGCCUGCUGAACACCCUCAAGGUCACGGGCCACAACGGGGACACGGUGAUGCUCGUGCUGCUGUGCAACGCCCUGGCUCGGGGCCUCAUCCUCUUCUGGAUCCCCUCAAACACGUCGGAAAAGGGGCGCCAAUUUCUGAAGACGACGCAGACCCACAUCAACCCCCUGGAGCCGGCCGCCAUCGCCGAAGUCAAAGCGGCCAUCGAGGUUUGUGACUUUGGUCUCACGCUGACCAAUGGAAAUUUGCCUCAAGAGAUAGUGCCCAUCGGCAUCCGGCAGCAGCUCCUCGCCACCUGGGUGAAGGCCAAGCAGCUGAUUCAGCAGCAGAUUGGCAGCAAGCUGGACGACGAGAGCACAAAUGAAAGCCAGGCGCAGAUGAGCAAGGUGCUGGUUGCCUUAGAGAUGUAUUCCUGCAACGGGCUGGGUCUCAUGGACUUCAACCUGCCACCCUUAGCCCAGGUGGUGAAGAUGGCCUCAGAGUGCAAUUGGACAGACCCCUUCGUGGAGAUCCAGAGCCUGGUGCGGCUGGCACAUUUUGCUUAUAUGCUACACGACCAUGGGAGCGUGAUGGCCUUGGCCAAGAUGGUCCUGAGCAAGGAGAACAGAUCCAUCGAUAACCAGCAGGACGUCAAGUUCCCGGAUCACUGCAGCCAAGAGGAGGCCGAACCAGGCCGCCACUCUUUGUGCCCCGAGCCGGGGGCCAGCAACCUCCCAUUCCUGGGAGGCCUGUGGGCACGCAGGCCCUGGGGCGGGUGGCCCGUGCCCGGCUCCGGGCCGAGCCCUCGCCCCAAAGGGCCCCGUGUGCUCCGGGACCGCCCAGCCGCACCAGGAGGGGGCCAGGAACGGUCCCCCUCGCCCCGGGCGGGUGACCCUACUUUCCCUCCGGACCAGGGCCAUUGCCAGGGGGUUACCGGAGCCUGGGUCCCAAGGGCCCGGGUUUCAUGGGAGCUGCAAGGAAAGGGAAGGCUCCGCACCAGGGCCGCUAACCUUUCUAGAGCAGCAUCAGGGGUUGGCCGGGCCCGGAAAGCCAUGGAGACAGGGAAGGGGCUGGGCCCGGGGCCCCAAGGUGGCAGACAUGAGGGCCUGGGCCGCAGGUGGAACAGGGGGGCUGGGCUCCCCUGGCAGGCAGAGGGCCCGGGGGCUGCUUCCCCGAGCAAACCCCCGCCCCCACCCCAGGAAGGCCCCGGGGGGGGGCGCGGCCGGCGGGCCCUUGGGGCCGAGAGGGCCGGCCUGGGACUGCCAGGGGCCGGGCUCCAAUCCCACCUUUCUGAGGGGCCUUUUGUUCACACCCUGAACCCUCAGUCUCCUAAGCUGCUGGUUGCACAAAGCGCGGCGCCAGGCCACGGGUGGGCCCGGGGUCUCAGUGGACCAGGGCCUAAAGUCCUGGGAGGCCCCUGGAGGUCCCGCUCUUUCCCCAGGUACGCGGGCCUGGCCGGGAACCUCAGCUUGGUGAUGCAAUCCACCCGCCACUACUGGAACACGUGCUUCCCGUUCUUCAGCUCCCCCUUCUGGCGGAAGAAGCUAAAGCAGUCCAUCCAGAUGAUCAUCAAAACCAUCAACAAGGUGGAAACCCAGAGUCAGGUCAGGGCCCGGGAGGGAGCCGGGGCCCUGGGGGGCGGGGCCAGGAAAGCCAUUUCCUGCAGGGGAGGGGCCACUUCCCAGGGCCAGGCCAUGCCCAAGGGCGGGGCCAUCCCCAAGGACGGGGGCCCUCCCCAAGGACCGAGGCCAUCCCCAAGGACAGAGGCCCUCCCCAAGGACGGGGGCUCUCCCCAAGGACGGGGCCCUCCCAAGGAUUGGCUCCACCCCAAAGGAGCUGAGGAUGACAUCACCCUGAAAACAGGCCUGUACGGACUUCUGUUCCACAUGCACGCUGACAAGAAUGACCUGCAGGGGGGCCUUCGGACCCUGGAGGAAGCCAUCAAGGUGCUACCUCGCACUGGCCACCGGCUUGUGAUUUUCAAACACAUGGUGAUGGUGAAGGCCAAACUGGGCCAGAACUUCUCGAUGGAGAUCCAGAAGUUCAAGGAUGCCAGCGAGGACUACUUGUCGCACAUGUGGCGCCUCCUGGCCUUCAGCUCCAAGGACCUCCUGGGGAGUCUCCACUGCUACUACAAUGCCAUCCAUGCGCUGCAGAAACCUGAGAACACUUGGACGAAGAUUGAUUACCUGAUAGAAUUCUCUGAGUGGCUGUAUCACAAUCAGUUUCCCAUCGAAAAUGUCUUGUCCCACCUGGACUGGACCAUCAGCCUCUUACUCAACAUGAAGACACAGAGCAAUUCUCCUGAGGAGAUGGCCACUUCGCCUACCCUAAUGGAGGAUGCUGGUGAGGAGGAGAUUGGUGAUACUCGUGAAAAAAACUCCUUAAAACAAGAGGGGAAAGUGGAAGAGUCUCCUGAGGUAGCUCAAAAGGUGACCUUCGAGACCUUAACCAAUGUGAGGCAGCUGGAGACGCUGGCUUAUGUCCACACGCUCCAGGCGGUAAUGUCAGGGCCCCGGUCUCCCCUGUGUGAGGAGAAUUGUCUGAUGGCCUACAGGUACAUCAUGCGCAUUUGGGAGGUCUCCUUAGGAACAGUGGCUAAUAUUCUUGUAAACUUCCAACUAAAUCCAGAGGAACCAGAUGUACUAUCCCCAUCCCUCAAAAGGGAAAAAGAGAAGAAGGGGGGAGAGGAAAAGCAGAAAAAGAAGAAGGAGAAAGGCAGAGAGGAGAAGGAGAAAGGCAAGGAAGAGAAGAAGGAGAAAGCCAAGGAGGAGAAGAAGGAGAAAGGCAAAGAGGAGAAGAAGGAGAAAGGCAAGGAGAAGAAGAAGAAAAAAGGCAAAGACAAGGACAAAGACAAGCAAAAGGAGAAAAAAGACACCAAAGAGCUGUCGGGGAUCCAGUUGCUCAUGGCCAGCAAGCCAAUUGAAGCUUUGCCAGCCAGUGUGGAGGAGUGGGCUUUCUACACUUGCCACCCCGAUGUCACUGCCCUCUUUAUCCAGGAUGCCAGCGAUUCCACCAUUAAUGAGAACACUAUCGUGAAGCCUAAUUUCAGCCUGUACUACCUGGACCUAUUGGUGAAGACAAUGAACUCGCUUCACCUCAUCCACCUCACACUUCCCAUCCUCCAGUUUGCUGUGGUGAUUUCUAACCUAAUUAUAGAGAGUAAAUCCGUCUCUGACCUCUACCACCUCAGGUUGGCUCUGGCCUGCUCUGAGUUGCGGCUGCUAGAAGCAGGAGCCUUCCAUGAAGGAAUUGUGGGAGGGGUCUACAUCGACGAGCUGGAGCAGGCCAGUUGUAGAAACGAAGUUCGGGCUAGGAACGAGAAGAAGAGUGAGUUUCUGAAAGAAGUGGCCACUAAAGACAGAGGCUCAGUGGAGCAGGGCCCACCGGUCCCUGUGGUUCUAGAAGCCAAGGAUAAGGUUUUGGAGCUCGAUGAGCAGACGGGGAAAGGUCUCCACGACAUUUCCUUCCCAUAUCUGUGGAUGUACAAGGCCGAAGUGCUGCUUGAAAUGGACUCUCACCAGCCAGCACGGCUGCUCCUCGCGGAAGCUCAGGUGGCCUUCCGGGAACUUGGGGAUGAGUGUGCAGAGGCAAAGAGUCUGUAUCUUCUAGCUGAACUGGCAAAGAAAGAACUAAAAUAUGAACAAGCCAAGAAAAUGAUUGAGAGGGCUCAGAACCUGAAAGGAAAUGAAGAAUUCUGGUAUCACUCCACAGUAGCACUCAUUGAGACGCUCUUAGCCCAAGAAGCAGGAAAAGAACCUGUGAUUCCUAACAUUAUCCAGAAGACAAUUGACGUUUUCCUGUCCCUGAUCCAAGAGAGACCCAACAGGAAGUCCAUCCUGAAGUUCUUAGCCAUGUCUCUGGAAGCCAGGGGUGCACAAGUUCAGCUGAACAUUGUCUUAGAGUCAGCCGGAGACAAUCCUUUGGACUUUUCCUACUUGCUGGAGACUAUCAAUCACAGACUGAUAAAAAUUGAGAAAAGCUUUCUUAAAGGUGGUUAUAAGGACCACUGUGUGGAUCUCAUCCUCCUAUCUGCCAAGAUCAAAGGGUUACUUGCUACUUAUGAAACUGAUGAAAAAAAAAAGAUCUGCUAUUAUUUAGAAGCCUAUAACUUGACCCAGAAAGCUAUUAUGUAUCUGGAAGAAAUAUUUUAUAAUGUUCAAUCUCUGCUGCCCCUUAGUGAGACCCAGAACAUCAGCACUCCUCUGAUGAGGAGGCUCGCCCGCCUCAAGUUAAAGCUGGCCGAAAUCUCAGUGGAGAUAAUGCAGUAUAAUCAGGAGAAAGCUCUGCAGGAAGAAAUGAAAAAAGGGACAUGGGAAAAAAUCCUGGCCGACUACUUGUUGAAUACCAGCGACUUCACCAAGCUGGAAUGGGACUGGUUCUACCUGAAACGAACUGUAGCCCACAGAAGUCUGGCCCAGUUGGAGAGCAUGCAGCACUUCUGCACCGGAUGUGCUGUUCUUCGAGCAGAGUUCUUGUAUUUCGUUGGGAAAACGUUGCAUCUCUUGGCUCUUCAGACCGAUCCCAUUCAUUUGUCUCAUUACUGGGACGAAAACUUCUUGUUUGAUGCCAGAAUGGCAGUCAUGGCACAGUUGGAGACAGACACCGAGGAGAUCGAGCCCAAACCAAAGUGGAGGCCGGACUUCGUGGGCACUCCCCAAAACGAAGACCACCUCCAGAAGGCCAGAGAGCUAAAGAAAAGGUUUGCACUGGCCCAGAGAUUCCACUCCCAGGCGCAUGAGAUUCUGCUUCAGUGCCUGCAAGUCUGUCUUAACAAGAACCAGAUCAGCACCGCAGCCAAAGCCAGCCUCGAGAUGGUGGAGAGCAUCGGUGUCUUGGACCACGCUUCUACCUGCCAGUUCCUGGCCCUUCACCAGAGCUGCCUGGCGUCCCUGGCCAUGAAGAAGCUCCUGGUCUCCAUCACCACCAACACCAGCAGCUCCCAGAUGGCCGCCCUGCUCCAGCUUCACGAAAGGCUGCAGAAAUUGAAGUCGGGACCCUCUUCCCGCGUGGAGCAGAAGCUGCACAAUUUCCGGUCAGGAGCCACCCAGGCUGGCGGGCAGCGGCCGGUGUCCCUGAGCGUCUGCCUGGAGCUGGGGCAGCGCCCACGCCAGUGCAAGGUCCUCCGUAUGCACAGGGACUCCUCCGUCAUCAUACAAAUUCUGAGCUCCUUCAACCAAUUUAGGGAGACCCUCGUUCAUUCCUCCCCUGAGGAAAUGUCGCUGGGAAUGCACAAAACUAUGGGCCCGGAGGAACAAAAGCUGGCCCAGGAUUUCAACAGCAUCACCAAGUCUGUCGAAGAGUAUCUGCAGCCAGUGUGUGCAGCCGUCCACCACUGGGAUGUCAGAAUCCCAACUGAAGUGGUAAAAAAGACAAAAGAAAAGGAACUGAAGCCUCCCUCAACAUCGCAAGAGCCCCCCACUCAGGUGGAAGUGCCCGAGUACCUGAUCCUCAUCGCCGACCGGCUGCUCCUGGAGUUUCCCCUGGAAGCGAUCCCGGCCUGGGAAGAGGGGACCAUCAGCUCCGUGUCCCGGGACCUCUCUCUGCAGAUGCUGGCCAAUCGCCUCCACCUCCACAAGGAGGAGACAGAAGUUGCCAAGAAAGAGGGGAAAGGUGGCAAGGCUAAAACAAAGAAGUACAGCAAGAGGACGAGCCGGCUCAUGCCAGCCAACUGUAUCCCUGUGGAAUCCAUCAAUUUAAAAUAUGUCGUGGACCCUUUUGAGGAAGCAAAAUACAAAAUAGAGAACUUCACGCCCAUCUUCAAAGUGCAGGAGAUCCUGGAGAAGUACCGCGACGCCUUCCCCGGCCGCUGGUCCGGGUUCCUGGGAAGGAAGAACUUUCCGAGCCAAGCAGACUGGGAGCAGAGCUUGAGCUCCUGCAGCGGGUUUUUCUUCUAUGGGAUGGAGAACUUGCUGUCUCACGUGCUCAUCGACAGUCUGAUCACCAUGAACCUGCAAGAUUGCCAGAUAAUGUUCCUCCUGAACCUGAUGCACACGGCCUACAGCCUCCAGAGACGGGCCAAGUUCGACGAAAUCCAGAGGCCUUCCCCACUCAUGCUGCACAAGCCCGUGGACACCAUCAUCCUGCUGAGCCUGGUGGGCGUCCGCUCCGUGAUGAGCAACCAGUGGCCCACCUUCCUGUUCUGCAACGGCCGCAGGGUGGACCUCCUGUGUGAGAGCAUGAUCAGGCUGGGGAAGUCGAUCGGGAAAGCCGUCUUUCACAUCAUGAAGGCCAACUUCCGUGACCUGUCCAAAAAAGAAUAUAAGGUGGUCAUGACUUCCCUGACUUCUCAAGGAGGUGAAAACCCCAAAAAAGAAGAAGAGCUUCUCAGAACUUCUACAGACAAAGGCGCGGACCGCGGCACCGUCAUGCUCUCCAGCUUAAUCCCUUUUGUGCCAGCGCGGUCAAAUUUCAACUUUGUGCUCUUCGGACUUCCGAACCUCUUUGUCAUCUGAUCCCUCCUCAACGGGCUUUAGGAUCCGGCUGCCCCCUGUUCACCUCGCCCUUCUUGAAACCAGCAGGGCCGGCCCCUUCCCUGAGCCAGCUGCCUCUGCUUCCACAAGCUGCCCACGGGGUCUGGCUCCCGUGCCAGCCUUUGGGGCUUCUGUCUCUUUGCCCUCCCUGCUCAUGCAGCCAUUGAACCCCCAAUGGGCCCCUGGUGUGCUCCUGCUGUGCCCCAGCUGCAAUGCUUAGCACAGGGCCUGGGGAUUGAGGGGGCAGUUACCACAGGCCAGGGUGGGUGGGUCAGGGAGGGGUAGGGCGAGGG